ACCGUGUGUUCAGUGCGGUCGAGGCGGGAGGAAGCGGGACGAUCCGGUUAAACGCGGCCUAAAUGGACUUUAAGUGGUUUAAAUAAGGUUUGGUUUCGAGCUGUGYGAUCUCGGUGCUCUCGGCUGUUUGUUGCAGCGGCGGCGGGUCCACGGAGCGACUUGUGUUCGGUUCUGUCCCGACGGAUCAGGCGAACCAACCGGAGAACAAUGAGCCUGGUUCCGACCCAUCAGCAGGCUGAGGGGCUGCCAGCUUCGGUCCUGACGGCACCAGAGAGCGACUCGGACAGCGGGAUGAGUUCUCCGGCAGAGGAGGCUGUCGCAGAGACCGGAGACAAACAAGACCACCGUCCAGAUUCAGACGACGAUGAUGACAUCACAGCUCACAGGAAGCCUCGACGUAACGCCAUCAGAGACAGCGACAGUGAGGAAGAGGAGCCAGGCAAGAGCCUGAAUGUGGCCGAAGCUCUGCUGUUGUCUCUCUCCACUGAAGAAGAGGUGGAGGCUGAGGAGCAGGAGGCCAGGAGGGAAGAUGGAGGAGUGAAGAAGAGCAGGAGAGUCGCCCUGGCUCCUGAGGACAGUGAGGAGGACAGAACAGGGGGAGAGGAGGAGGUGAAAAAGGAAGAGAGGAAGAAGAGCCGGAGACAUCAGGAGAAAAAGGAAAAACGCAGCAGAGUGGUGGAAAAACUGAAGAAGAAGAAGAAGAAGGAGGAGAGGUUCUGUGAACAAGAUGAAGCCACGCCUCUGCCCCGGACUCUGAAUGACAGCGGCUGUCCUCUGGGGGACACGGACCUGUUUGACACAGGUCUGGGUGAUGAUGAGGAGGAUGAAGAKUCUCUAGAUGCCAUCCAAGCUGCAGUGAAACAGAAGCUGAAGAGACACGAGGGUCCAGGCCUGCAGGAGGAGGACGAGGAGGAGGAGGAGGUCCCAGAGAAACCUCAGCGAGUGGAGAGACGAGCAGCUCGAGCCAGCAGAGAGGCCAUGAAGCAGCUCCACAGUGAGUCCCAGAGGCUGGUCCGAGAGUCCACCCUCGGUUUGCCGUACCACCUGCCAGAACCCAAGACCAUCGACCAGUUCUACAAGAGGAGAAACCGUCCUGAUGGUCCCGCCAUGGCCCUGCUGAACAUUAACUCAUUCUCUGAAGGUGUCCUGUGUUUCAGGGACGGCGUGAGGAAGUCCGGACCACCUGGACUGGACGGCAGCAGUAAGACAGAGGAGGAAGACUCCCUGUCCCUGAUGAAGGACAACAGCUUUGAGCUGGUUGGGUCCAUGAUCACCUCCUACCAGCCUAUCAACAACCAGCGCUCCACAGGAAGGGGCGUGUCCAACUUCUCUGCCUUCCGCUCACCUUCACCAUGCUUCUUCAGGCCCAGCUUCCUUGGCUCCGCCUCCAAGAGUUCAGGACGUCUCUCGGAGCGGUCCCUGUGUCUCCCCGUGGAGGACUCCCAGGACCUGUACGCUCCUCCGUCCCCCGGAGCUGACUCAGGACCCCUGGAAGAAGCAGCCUCUGGUCCCGGACUGGGCGGGGACUCCCAGGGGCGGUUCUCCCUGGAGGACGACGCCCACUCGCAGCUCCUGGACGCAGACGGGUUCCUGAACGUGGGUCCUCGGCCCGGAGCGCCCCCCUCCCACAAGAGACAGCUGGUCCUGGACAGCCUGGACGAGAACGCCAUGGACGCCAACAUGGGGGAGCUGCUGGGGCUGUGCUCGGGGGGCUUCGGGACGGGAGGGGGCGGCGGCCUCGCAGCAUCUCAGGAGGAAGAGCUACUCGGGUUGUGUUCAGGAGCGUUUCCUCCGACGCAGACCAAGGAGGAGGAGGAGGAGGAGGAGGUGGGGGGUCAGGGUCCGGAGGAAGGAGCUGAGAACACCAUGGACCAGCUGCUGGGAAAGUUCUCCAGUCCAGUUCUAAUGGAUGUUCUUGUUCUGGUUUCAGGUGCUGCAGCAGCUGGACCAAGAACUGAGGAGCAGGAGGAGGAGCAGCAGCAGGAGGAGGAGCAGCAGGAGGAGGAGGACUGUGAGUUCCACCUUCUGUCAGACAUUGGAAGUGAGCAGGAGGAGGAGGAGGAGGAGGAGGAGGAGCAGCAGGAGGAGGAGGAGCAGCAGGAGGAGGAGGAGCAGGAGGAGAACAAUGAUGUGGAGGAGGAGGAGAUGGAGGCUGUUUUUGCUCCUCAAGUCAAGAAGAAAAUGACUCUGCUGGACUACGUGGACUCGGAGGCGGAGCUCUCUGGCAGUGAUGUGGGCAGUGAUGAUGAGGAUGGUGGCGGGGGGAGUGAGUACGAGGAAGAGGAGCUCCUGGAGGACCUCCCCUCUGAUGAAGAACUGCAGAACCAAGUGAACCGGAUUCACAUGAAGCAGGUUCUGGACGAAGACAAGCGGCGCCUGAGGCUGUACCAGGAGCGCUACCUGGCUGAUGGAGACCUGCACUCAGACGGACCGGGUCGAGCUCGACGCUUCCGCUGGAAACACAUGGACGACGGCUUCAACGUGGACCGGACCGGACCAGAAGGAGAGGAGGAGGGCGAGGAAGAGGAUGUGGACCCAGCUGAGGUCCAGAGGAGGAAAGAGAGACUGGAGAGAGAGCAGUGGCUCCGAGAGCAGUCUGAGCAGAGGUCCAGGACCGGAGCUGAUCCAGAUCCAGAUGAUGAGAGGUUUGGAGACGAGGACAGUCAGUUCAUGAAGCUGGCCAUGAAGGUGACCAGCAGGACCCUGCAGAGGAAAGGUCCAGAACCUGCAGGACCACCACCGGACCAGAAGACCCCCUCAGCUCUGAACCCCUUUCAGAAACCGCCUCAGCCUCAGCAGGUCCGGAGGGGUUCUCUGCUGAGCCAGCCUCAGUCGGUCCUGCAGAAACUGGCCUCCGUCUCAGAGGGGAACCUCCUGGCCCCCCGGAGCAGCCGGGGCUUCCUGUUCCAGACUCUGUCCCCGGAGAAGGUCUGUGGUGGGUCAGACGGCGCUCAGAACCAGGUGAGGAAGAGGAGGGGUCCGGUUGGAGCGGUGAGUCCAGCAGCUAAGAGGAUCUGCAGGGAGACCCAGAACUCCCAGAGGAGCAUCUUUAACUUCCUGGACCACUGAGGACCGACCUCUGGACCCUGGACCCUGGACCCGGUCCAGAGUCCAGUUCUGAUGUUUUAUCCUGUAAAUAAAGUGAUUUUAAAUCUUUUCUGUGACCAAGGUUCUGCUGAGUGUAAAUAAAAUGAUUUUAACUGA